AACAAGUAUUAUGUCGGCCUGUGUAAUAAAUAACAAUGCCGUAAAUCCGAAUUAGAGCAAUCAUAGAAUAAGAAUUACUCGCAUCAAGAAUAGAAAGAAUAAAGAGCCACGCAUUUUGUAGAAACCCUAACGCGAAUCUCUAGGUUCUCAACCGCCAUAAACGACGUGUUGGUAGCUACACAAUAUGGGCAAGAGAAAGUCAAGAGCUAAGCCGGCACCAAAGAAGAGAAUGGACAAACUUGAUACUGUUUUUAGCUGUCCGUUCUGCAAUCAUGGGACCAGUGUGGAAUGCCGCAUUGACAUGAAAAACUUGAUUGGUGAAGCUGAAUGUAGGAUAUGCCGAGAGAACUUCAGUAUGACAGUAACAGCUUUGACCGAACCAAUUGACAUAUAUAGCGAGUGGAUUGAUGAAUGUGAGAGAGUCAAUACCCUGGAAGAUGAUGCUGCGUAAUGUUGGGCAAAAUGAUAGUUGCUCCUCCCAAUGGCAGCAUUCUUCACUUAUAUUCUAUGCUUUUUUUUUAAAUAUAUAUAAAUGCUUUCCCUUGCCGAAUCAUGUAUGGAUAUAAAAUAAGGUCAGUAGACCUUUGUGCAGCAACUGGUUUGUAAUUUUAGUUUAUAUCAUCUAUGUAGUUUCUUUCUUGAAUCUAAUGGUUAGUAGCUAGUACCACAAUUGAUCAGCUCA